GAGUAUAUGCUACCACACAAUACGGCUGCCAGUGUCAGCAGCAGCAGCAGCAGCAGCAACCAGCCAGUGGCUCGCCUAACCGCAUCGUGGGUGUUACAAAACUUUAAAGAUAAAAGACAGAUAAUAGGAGGAACUCUAUCUAUCCCCAUCGUGCGCACUAAGUUUUGAUCGAAGGAAUCGGACCACUUAUCAAAUUCAGACCUGCUUCAUCGUACCGUUUUUGGUACGCAUCUCCUGCUCUCUCAUUAGGGUCUCGCUAAAUUAAUCAGGGAGCGAAGCCGGGCUUAAGGUGGAAACCAAGUGGGACUUAAUCUCCCUCUUCCACUUCUAAGUUUUGAGUGGCUGGCCUACACUUGGAAGGGCCAAGCCAUCCUCUCUCUAUAUAUUUUGCUGCCAGUGUAUGGCAGUUGGCCCCGACGGACUCACAGAUUACCAGAGAAAGAUGAAUUCUCAGGAAAAGUGCAACAAUUUCAUGAGACAGUUCCGGGACGAUGAAUCCCGGGAGCUGAAGAAACUCACAGCCAACCAGUUUAUGGAGGUGUGGAGCCACUACGACGCUGAUGGUAAUGGCUACAUCGAAGGAUCAGAGCUGGACGGUUUCCUUAAGGAAUUCGUCUCCUCCGUCAAUGCCAACGACACAGGACCAGAGGGCGCGGCUUCAUUGCCUUUUGGAGGAAUGAGCGUCUCCGACUCCAUGCUAGCCGAACUCAAGACCUGUUUCCUGGAGGCUUACGAUGAUAACCAAGAUGGCAAGAUCGAGAUCAGAGAGUUGGCACAACUGCUGCCCAUGGAGGAAAACUUCCUUCUGCUCUUCCGUUUCGACAAUCCUCUGGACUCCUCGGUCGAAUUCAUGAAGAUCUGGAAGACAUAUGAUGCAGACCAUAAUGGUUAUAUUGAUUCCAAUGAACUCAAGAACUUCCUCCGUGACCUCCUCAAAGAAGCGAAAAAGGACCAGGACGUUUCAGAAGACAAACUCAUUGAAUACACAGACACAAUGCUCCAAGUUUUCGACCAAAACAAGGAUGGUAAACUGCAGCUCUCCGAGAUGGCCAAGUUGUUGCCAGUCAAAGAGAAUUUCUUAUGCCGAUCGGUAUUCAAGGUAAGCCAGGGGGCGUCUAAGUUGACGAAGGAGGAUAUUGAGAGAGUAUUCGCGCUCUACGACAGGGACAAUAAUGGCACGAUCGAGAAUGAAGAACUGAAUGGUUUCCUCAAAGAUCUUUUGGAAUUGGUUAAAAAGGACUACGACGCGCUGGACCUUCAGGAAUUCCAGGACGCCAUCAUGAGAGGCUGUGACUUCAACAAAGACGGAAAGAUCAACAAGAAGGAGUUGACGAUGAUCCUUCUCGCCCUGGCAAAACAUGGCGCCGAGGACGAAAUACAGACAGGCGGCGUUCCCGCAAACAACCCCCUCGCUGAGAUCGCCACCAUCGGUAUGAAGGCUCUGAAGAUGCAGAAGCUGAGAGUUCGCCACUUCGUCAACCGUACUCUCGGGACCAAUAGCACCACCAGUUAGUCGUGAAGAACCUCUGCUUAAGUUACUCGGCAGGAGAGAGAGAUGACGAUUGGUGGUGGUGGAGGAGGAGAAGAAGCUGAUAACUGAAGAACGUUUUUGAUGAUGAUGAUAAUGAUGUUGAUGCAUGGUUUGAAAGGGGGGAGAAAGAUCUUUAUGAUAAAGAUAUAUUCCAAGUGGACGAGAGAGGAAAAAAAAGAGUUUUUCGACCAGCUUUGUUUUGUGUGUGUACAUUUCGAAGGCUUGGCUACCUCUCUCUUAUAAAAGCUGUAACAUGGUAUAAGGCAGAUUAUUAUUGUUAUUAAUUCAUAAAUUCGAUUCGCUAAAGCUUCGUCAUACUGUUAUAACUAACUAACUAACUAACUAACUACCUAACUAACCUUUCGAUGAAACUCUUUUGCCACAAAGAAAGCGAAAUUCAGCCAGUUUUUUAAAUCCAUCUUCAAGCUACUUGAAUCAGCCUCUCAGAGGGGCGACCUCUUCUCCUUUUCUAUGUUAGACCUAACGCUGGUUAACUUAACAAAAAAAAGUCCUAAAAAGCCUAACAACAUAUAGCCUUUGUAUGAUUAGCCCGGAAGCUAACGUUUUCUAACAAAAAAAAUAUGACCAAAAAUAUAUUAUAUAUAUAUAAAAAAAUGUACAGUUUUAACCAGUUGGAUCGUAAGUCUCAGGAAAGUCAACGAAGGAGAUGGUCGAAGAAUCGAUUUGAAUAAUUGUCAGCCACACGAAGCGAGGCGAGGAUAUAAUAGAUUUAUAGCCGUUGCGUUAGCAGAAAUAAACUCAUCUCUACCUGUUUCUCUUGAUAAUGAUACUAUCACUCAUGUUACUUUGUUUAUUGAUUUAUUUUUUUCCGUGUAUUUCAAGACAAGAGCACAGCUACUGUUGUGUGGGACGAUAGCACAAAUUAGAAAUCGUGUCCUCCGUCUGCCGAUGUUUUACUGGAGUUCAAAUUCGGGUCAGCUCUUUAAAAUUCGCCAAAUGGUCAUCAGUGAUUCGUUCUUUUUAGAAACUGCCCAGCCAAGAGUAUUUCCCGCUCUUGAUCAAGGGCAGAAAUUUAUUCGCCUCUUAAGAAAUCUAACUGCAUCUGGAAACGAAUUUUCUGGCCAACUGAACGUUCCAGGCCGACUCUUUAGAUCUGCACUGGUGCAGUUUGUCCGGGGAGAUAUAACUGGACCCUAUGUCUGUGUGCCGAUGCAGUGGAAGAAUUACAGUCACCUUCAUCUUGUCCAAAGUUUCCCCUCGAUUUUUAUAGGCCAGUUUCCUAUAAUCUCCAAGCAAUAAUAAUUAUAAGGAUGCCAAUUUCUAUAUAAAAAAGAAAAGUCUCCGCUUAGUCUGCAUAUCAGGCAAUAGAUCUCACCGGACAGAUCUCGACGGGACAAUCUGUAAAUGACUUAAACGUUUUUAUCUCUCGUUUACCUGUUGUUCCCGUGGCGCUCCUUCGCAGAAAUCGAGAGCUUGGCUCGGAAUUUCUGUUGUCCAAGAAAUUCAGGCCAUUUGGGUCGGCAUUGCCUUCGAAAAGUCGAUUGAAUUUCAGUGCAUAAUCUACCUACAUUGGCUAAAACUGUUAUGUAUGUUUAUUUCGACAAAGCUGUGCUCGCGUCUGACGUUAAAGGGGUAACGAACGCCGUUAUCGUUUCACGAAUUUCCAUUUAUUUAUCGUUAUUUUCCCAAAAUCAAAAUGUAUUUGAGGUUUUUAAAUUCACCAGACGCUGGUACCUGGCUGAGGAAAUCUUAUAAUCAAUGAGUUGUAUUUUAUCACACGAGGAAAUAGAAUAUUUUCCCCUAAAUAUCACGUUUUCUACGAGUCGCUUCGGACCAAAGAAAACAAGAAUAAUUUAAAGGGUACCUAAUGUAAAACCUACUUUCAUUCAUUCCUUGUUGCAAUAGCAUUUUUGCACGUUCUUUCCUAUACUUUCUAAUCUUCUCAACUAUAUUGGAAACGUCUUCAACUUUAUAUCUAUUCAUAAACUCUUAUCAUAUAUGUUAAGCUGUAAUAUUAAAGCUUAUUUUCAGAUGGAAAUUGUACUAGCUGUUGUUGAUUGCACCAAAAUGCAGGAAUAGACAUCGAAGAUAGACUGUUUUUUGCCGUAGAAUUGGCGUGAGGGACAUUCGUUAAUGAUAAUGCUUUUCUCCUCCUCUCAAAAUCUUGACGGACAAUGUAUGGUGCAUUUUUGGAAAUUAGCAGUAAAUAUGUCAAGGCAAAAGUGUGGUAUAUAUAAGGAAACAUAAAAAAAAAUUAAGUAUUAACUGAAUUAAUUGCAUUAUUAUGCUCAAUAUUCCCUUAACGCCAAAAUGUCGGUGUCUAGUCCAAGCAAUAUGGUAAAAAACAUAUUAUUGUAAGUGUUAAAAUGUGUUUUAAUUCUUUAGAAAGUCCCUAAACAAGAUGAAAAAACAAUUACGAUGUACAGUGCAUACAUUAACAGGCCUCGAAAGCAUAAUUAUUAUUAUUAUGGUAAUGGAGUCAGGAGGCUCUGUCCCGCCUACCUACGGCUCUCAUGAAUGAACGAGUGAACGAGAUUCAGCCAGAAGAAGAAGACGAAGUCCUCCCAAAUAUAUUUCACGAGGACUCGUGUCUGAUCAUUCUUUUUGCGUUAAUUCCCAAACUGUUUCUUUGUUUUUCCUGUCAAAGGUGAUCUGUGACCUAUCAGAGGUGUAAAAUUUCUAAAAAAAAAAUUUAAAAAUAUUGUCACUUCAAUCCGUGUUGUUUUGACGCGUCGUGUGUGUGAGUCAUGGUAUAAACUAUUGUAUAAAGAAUAAAAUUAUUUAAAAAAAAAAAAAAUUAUAUAAAUCAGCAGCAAAACCAAAUAAAAGGCUGUCUCGCGCUGGAUGACACCAAAUCUGACGCGAACCUUAUAAGACCUAUAAGCUUCACAGAGAGACUUUUCGAAAGAAAUAACCCAUUUAGCGUUUGUUGAAACUUAUAAUAUAUACACACACACACAUACAAGUAGUGAUUUAUCAUCCUUUUUAUCAUUUCCCUCCGUUUUCAUCCUUUAGAGAAACUCCAGGCUUAAGGCGAAUCAAGACGGAAAAUAAAGGAAAAUUGAACCAACAAAACCAGUCGUGUCAGUGAUUUGGUGUCAUAGAAUAUAAGAUUCUGCAACCUGCAUAUCCUAACUGAACGCACACAUCAUAUUUAUAUAUAUAUACAACAUAUUCAUGAUGACUAACGUUAGUCACGUCGAUGAUGAUACUUUUUAGAAAGUCACAACCUAAAACGUUUUUUCAAGGACUGCAAUUCAUUUUUAAGGUAUUUAAAUUGAAUGGUAUAGGAUAGAAGUUGUCGUCUCUUCAACUUGAAUGGUUUAUUCUCAUUUACUGUAACGCCCAUUUUCAAUAAGAAAUAAAAGUCUUCUGUUA